AUGUCACUUCACCGAAUUAUUAUUCGUGAUAUUAGAAAUAGAAGUCAAAAUACUUAUGAAGUUUCUCCUCAAAUGACCGUUGAUGAAUUGAUUCACAAAAUGGACCUACACCCAACAUUUGGACUUUCAUAUCAAAAUAUUAUCUUAGAAACAAAUCGACCACUAUCUUAUUAUAAUUUUGAAAAUGAUACGUUAUUAUAUGUAUGUCCAACACCUCGUACAAAUGUGAUUUCUCAAAUCUUGCCUGAAUUUGCUGAAUUAUCACAAAGUGGUGAUUUGCUCAUUCCGUUCAUCGAAAAUUUGAUUAAUCAAAAUGCAGAAGUUCUUGAAGCACUCCAAACCACUGGUCAUCCUGUCAAUUUUAGAAUCUCAAUCCGUUCCAACCAAAAUGGUCAACCUACAACAAGAACUUUUCAUGUUCAACGACAACCUUCUACUCACACAUCACUUCCAGGAACUCAAGUAUCAACACGAGUCCAACAAACACAAAAUGGAACUCGAAUGAAUAUCCAACGUCAAGAUACACAACCACGUCAAAACCUUAAUCAACUUUUGAACAAUGAAAUAUUUAGAUCAGUGAUUAGAAGGUCUCAACAAGAACAUUAUGAAGAACGGUAUGAUGUUGACUAUAAUACAGCAAUGGCAUUUGUUCAAUCUUGGUUAAAUGUUACUUCUCAAAAUCUUUCAAGGACUCAAACAGUUUUUAAUGCAUUUGUUAAUUUACUAAAUAACCCAAGAAUUGUUUUAUCCCAAAGUACUUUUGGUCAAGUUACUUCUCUUAUGAGAACUCUUGCAGACUAUCUUAAUCAUACAGCUUCAGUUAUGGAAAAUGAAUUUUCUCAACGACAGAAUGAACACUCUAGAAGAGUUCCAAAUGAACAAAUAGGAAGCGAAUAUUUAAGAAGUGAAGUUAUUAACCAAGAAGAAGAUUUGCUUUGGAGUGCCUUUGAAGAAACACUUACUGAAGAAGCUAGUCUUAACGAAAUACAAGUUAUGGAAAAUUCUAUUAAUGAAAUUAAUACAUUAAAUAAUUAUAUUAUAAGAAAUAAUGAAAAUGAAAUAUUAAUAAAUGAAGAUACUCCUUUAGAACAAAUAAAUAUGAUUAUUGACCAAUUAAAAUAA